AUGCAAACUGGCUGCCAAUACCAUUGGCAACUGAGUCGGUGCUACAUCUUUUGUACUGAUUGCUCCCUGGGCAUUGAGAACAGCCAGGCAUCAUGUCACCUUGUGGGUGGUGUGGAGGAGAAGACCAAGGUAUAUGUUGGUAGUCUGGGAACCAGUGUCAGCAGAGGAGAGUUAGAAAGGGCUUUUGGUUAUUACAGUAUCUUAAGAACUGUGUGGAUUAUGAGAAAUCCUCCAAGAUUUACCUUUGUGGAAUUUGAAGAUCCUACAUAUGCAGAAGAUGCAAUGCGAGGCCUGGGCAGGGAGGUGAUUUGUGGUUCCCAAGUGAGAGUUGAAUUAUCAACAAAUAUGCCUCAGAGCUCUGAUUUUGAUAGACCACCACCUGCCCAACAUUCCUUUGAUCCCAAUGAUAGAUGCUAUGAAUGUGGCAAAAAGGGACAUUAUGCUUAUGAAUGUCAUCUUGACAGCUGGUGGAGGAGAAGCAGGUCACAGUCUAGAUCACAUUUAAGAUCCAGAGGUAGAUGAUACUCUUGUUCACAUAGCAGGAGCAGGGAAAGGAGGUCAAGAUCACCAUCUCCUCAGCGAUCAAGAUCUGUGUUUCUCUGUAGAUCGAGAUCAGCUUCACAGAGGUCUACGUCUGGUUCCAUAAAAACAUCAAGAUCCCCAUCAAGGUCAAGAUCAAGAAUCAGUUCUAUCUCCAUUUCCAAAAGAAGCCACUCCCCAUCAGGAAGUACACAAAGAAGUGCAAGUCCUGAAAAGGUGGACUGA